CGCUGCGUAGUAACGCUCUGUCUCGUGCUCAGGUGGUUUAUGGGAGCCGCGACUCACACAAUUUAUCAAGCAUCGCGAUGUCUAGUGUUCAGCUUCGUGUCAGCGGUUUAGCGGCUUCCAGAAGCAGCGUUCCUCAGCACGCGCGCAGAAGCGUGUGUCGGAGUCUCUUCGGACCGGUCGAUCACGACGAACUGAACCGGGACAUAGAGACAAAGAUGCGCGAGAUCUCCGAGCGGGACCAGAAACGGUGGAAUUUUAACUUCGUGUCUGAUGCACCGCUGCACGGCGACUACGAGUGGGAAAGAACCGCUGUGGAGGCGACGCCUGCGUUUUACCAGGAGACGGUACAAGUAGGGAAACGCAGGGCUGUUACUCUGCACGUUGAGCCGCAUGUAGAGGCUCCUAACCGGGAGACGUGCGCGCGGGGCGACGCUGGAGGUGGAACCGCUUGUGCUGAGAGGACAAACCCGGGGAAGAGGAAAACGACUCGGAUUACAGAUUUUUACGUCAAACGAAGGAAGCAAGUGGAUCCCAAACGGCACGAGAGCGCCUCACAAAACCUGUUCGGCUCCGUCGCUUCUGAGCGAACGCCACGAAAACGGCUGCGUUGAAGGAUUUUCCACUGAACAUUGAGGAGAAUCCUGUGUGAAGAAACACAGCCCUCAUGGAUGGAAAAAUGAUGAUGAUGAUGAUGAUGAAGAAGAUGGGCAGAGCACUACAAGAUCAAACACUGUCUCGUGCUCUGUAUUGGAGGAUCAUGACAACUGCUGAAGAAGUUUGAUUAGCCAGAUAUGGUUUUUGAUUCUCAGGCCUUCACACAAGCUCCUGCUGAAGACUGUGCACAAAAAACAAAUGUAGCAGAAAAAAAAUAUUUAUGCAACUGUGACGGAAGUCCGAGCUUGUGUCUUUGACCUGUGUUAAUACUGUUUACCGAGAAGCCUGGGGGUCUUUCCAUGUAAUCCAGCUGUGUACUGAUGGACCUCGGGCAUAAGUUUUACUGGAAGUGUUUUGUUUUGUUUUUGUUUUGGCUGAAUCCUGACUAUCAUAAUUUGCCCCUUAAACUUACGUUGGUAUUACCUCACAGCUGAAUAAUGAACGAGUGCUAAGAUUGCCUGCUAGCAUGCCCAAGUCAGUGUUUAGAUUCAUAAUAAUUCUAUUAAACCGCUGUGGUUUUCUUGCCAGAUGUUGAUUAUGUAUUAAGUGCACAGUUCACUGAUGUUUAAAUUGCUUGACUGAGCUUCAUGUUGGUCGUGGCAAUGGACAAUCGUGUAAAUAUGUUAAACAAAGAUUUAAAGAUUGAAACAACAAGCCUUUGUGUUGUGUGUAUGUGUAUAUAGAGACCUAAAAUAUCAAAGUACAUUUAAGUUUUUAUUUAUGUUUCAUUGUAGACGUCUGUAGCCUUACUUUUCGUUGUAGCAUUUUCCCUCAAAAUGGGAUCCGUCUUGUUUUUGAGCCGUUUUGUCGCUCCACUGUCUAA